UGUUGAGCUUGAAGGGUCAGUUUUAUUCUGCAAGUCCAUCAGUUCAGUUUACUGUCUGAUGACGUCCGGAAAAUAUUUUUAAAUAUAAUGGAUACAUUUUUACCAUAUUUUGAUAUAGCGCCGUGCAAAAUUGUAUCCCGGUCGAACAAAUCUAAUAAGUGCUGCAAAGAUAUACGCGAUAGUCAUUAGAGCAGAACGAUUUUCAAUAUUACAUUGCAACCAGUGGGAACUGUUGACUAUUGUAAAUUAUUGUGAAUUUCUUCUACACAAAGUGUGUGCUAAACUUUAUUUUAAAAUAACAAUGAAGAAGGCUUUGUUGUUUUGUGAUCAAGUAGUAAGAUAAUAAAAUGGCAACAAUUAAAAAGCUUCUUAACAACGUACUAUUGUUUUGGAUUUUAUCAAUUGGACUAUCUGGAAGCCAAAUGCAAGAUGCAACUAUCGUACUAAGUCAAGGAACUCUUAUUGGGCUUAAAGUCUUUCCCGAGACAUCACGCAUACCCAUAUAUGCGUACCUUGGGAUUCCAUAUGCAAAGCCUCCCGUCAAUGAGCUACGAUUUGCUCCCCCUGUACCGAGUCCAGGAUGGAAUAGAACUUUGUAUGCUCGUGACUUUAAACCGAUUUGUCCACAAAUCGAAAACAGCAGCUACGAAGAUUUGGGAAUUGAAAAUCAGUUUCGAUCGCGUGAAACUAGCGAAGAUUGUCUGUACUUGAACAUAUGGAUUCCCGAGACAUCAAUACGUUACGGAGGCUUCCCGGUAUUGGUAAUGAUAACAGGUGAGGAAAUGGCAUUCGACUGGAACACUAAUCGGGCAAGCGGUCUCGAUCUUGCGGCAGAUGGUAUUAUCGUAGUAACUGUACAGUACCGAAGCAAUGUGUUCGGGUGGUUAUCGCUCGGUCAAAAAUAUGCUCCAGGAAACCUUGGUCUACUCGAUCAACAAUUGGCACUUGUCUGGAUAAAGGAUAAUAUACAAAAAUUUGGCGGUGAUACCAAUCGAUUAACACUACUUGGACAUGGUACAACCGGUGGACCAAAUGUAAUGAUUCACAUGGUUAGCCCGCAAGCAAGAGGCCUAUUUGCGCGGGCUAUCAUAAUGUCUGGCACAAUCUAUUCUCCGUAUUCCGAAGUGAACGCCGACACAAAACUUUCUCAAGAAAUCAUUAAAAUACUGGCCUGCAACUAUGACGUUGGAAAAAAUGUAUUGAAAUGCCUACAGCAGAAGAGCAUUCACGAUCUUCUACGUGCUUAUGAGUACAUCUAUCGUAACGGAAACUACACUAUCAAUCUCGGACCAAUUAUAGAUCACUACCUACCUGUUGAAAAACGGUACAUUGUUGAUGAUCCUCAAAAAUUGUUCACAGCGAAAGCUCUCAUCAUGGAAGACAUGCCCAUUCUUUUUGGUAUAACUAGCAACGAAGGCGGAUUUUUGUACAGCAAAUGGAUUGAGUUAGCACGUCAAAGUAUUGAUUCGCUAAAGAAGUACAUUAAUGAAACGCUUCUACCUAAUAUCAUCGAACGGUACAAGUUUCAAGGAGCGGGCCAAGAUCAAAUACGUGAAACCAUACAUUGGCGUUACUUUGAACAAAUACCCCAAACAACAGCGCAUCAUAUACACGCUAUCAUUAAAAUUAUGUCGGAAACACGAUACGAAAUACCUUUCUAUAAAACUCUCAAAGCCCUCGGAACCAAAAAACAAUCUAAUAGACAACUGCCCGUCGGAACGGUAGAGGACGAUAUAGCAAAUAUACAACGCGAGAGCAAAGCUGCAACGCAACAUAACGCCAGUUACGUUUAUGCAUAUCUUUUCCAUCACCCCAAUUCGAUGGACAUGAGGGGAAGAAUUAACUUUUUUGGAGGAGCAUCUCAUUCAUCGGAUUUACCUUUCCUCAUGGGACCAAGCCUUUACAGAGAAAUUGGGCGCAGGCGCUUAUCGAUGGUUGAAGACAAAUUGUGCAAGAAAAUGCGAUCUUUAUUUACGGAAUUCAUUAAAGGCGGCAAUCCAACACCCGGUCGGCAAUUUGAUUCCUGGACACCAUAUAGCGUUGAACUCAAAUACAUCAAGUUGAUCUCCGCAAAACCGGAGUCUUUUCAUCGAAAUGAUCACUCAUCAUUAGAAAACACAUUUGAAGAUAAUUUACAAGAAAUUGAAGAAAACGUUAUUGGUAUAACAGGAUUGGAAGAACCAUCUUCUAGCAUAAAUAACUCCAAAAACCCCUACAAUCUUAAUCCUAACGUUCAGGCAGAACAAGAAAACGCGAGAACGUCUAAAAAUGCUAUCUAUCUAGCUGGUGCAAGAGAUUCUGAGUAUUUUUACUACCUGCAGAGAAUGGACAGUUUUUGGGACCAAUUUCUUCCAAAACUCAGCCAAAUUAUGAAUGAAACAAACCAAGAGAAACUGCGUAAUCGCCGAAUUGAUCUAACACUUGAGGAAGAGCAAGAUAUAUCCCGAGAAACAGCAGCGGCUUCCAAAUAUAAGCAUGCCUUUUUUUCUAUGCUUACAUUAGUAUGUAUGCUAUUGGCAGUUCUUUGUAUUUGCGUCUACAUUUUAAAGAAAAACACCAACACCAGUUUAUCGAGUAUAUUAUGACACCAACUUUUCUUCCGAACAAAUCUCUUUGAUCGGAAGAAUCGACGUAAAAAACCUGACGUAAGCAGCAUGGGUGAUGAGGAAGAAAUUAACGUAACAGCUAUCAGCCAUCAUCGAAUCAAAACAGCGGAGCGUGUAGUGAGGACUAACCCACUCUAUGGAGACAAUUUUCGCAAACUUAGCGAAACCCUUAGCUCAAGCACAGGAGAUAGCACAGGUGUCAGUGCAAGCAAUCGAAAUGUAUUAGGGAAACAUCGAUCUCCUUACACGAUGACAACUGAGCGGCCUAUUGCUAUUUUGACCGAUUUAGAUGAAGAUCUUGAAGUCAGCAAUUGGCGUUAUCAAUUGUCUGCAAGUCAUUUUACACCAAAUAUUAACACUCGGCGACAAAGGCAACAACAGCAACUUUGAGCAAAUCAAGAGCGUACAGAUGUAGAAUAGUGAAAAUGUUGUAAAAGUAUUAAAAUGUACUUAAAUGGUCUAAAGGGAAGUCGAUAGUUCCUAUUACGAUCACAGUUCGAAUGAUUAGAUAUUUAAAUAUAUUUGAUUAAGUUGGGACGGUUUUAAACACAGCACUUAACAAAUGCAAAGCAUGCAUUAAAUAUAAGAUGUAAUAAAAUUCAAGGUUUUCAAUAUUUGGGAAAAAACAUACUGAUCAUAUCUAUCCUCUAAUUAAGUGGAUUUAUUACGAAUUUUGGUUUGCAAUAUUGUUUGUAAAAGCUAAAAGCAUGGCAAUUUUGAUAGCAAAAAGUGUAUUUUUUGAGUGUGUCAUGACAAUAUGGAGGAAUCGUAUACCAGAAGCGUUUUGUAAUCAAAGUUUAUGGUUAUCUGGGUCUAGCUGAAGCGACUAUUCAAAAGUGGUUUGUAAGGUUUAAAAUCGUUAAUUUUUAUUCAUGGCGAAGAUCAUUCCCGAACGCCACGAAAAUUUGAAGGAUGCUCGAUGAAGAUCAUGCAUUAAUACAGUACAUGACAGUUGUAUUUAUUUAUAAAAUCGUAUUUGCUCUUGUAUGGAUUUGUUAUACGCAAAGUGAAUAAAAUAGUUGAUGGUUUAUUUGAAUCACAUAAAGCAGCAGAAUAUUGAUCUAAAAUUGACUUUCCCUAAACAGAACGUUCAAUAUACCUACAUUAGCCCAAGGGAAGUAGCAAUUCGAUUUGAAUAUGCUAUUCUUUUUGCAGCAUUAACAUAAAUAGGAGCUCUCAGCUAAAGUGAAUGAUCUUCAGUUGAGACCCCUUAUUCCAGUUCCAGUAAACACAAUGAGAACCAAUUUUUUCUUCGUAUGGGAAAAGUUGUUCUGUAUACGGAAAGUGUAUCUGUUCCCAAUAUAUUGCAUUAGUUUAUAUGGUCAGUCAUAGGUCUGACCGUGAAUCACUUGUUAAUUAUUUUUAGUAUUAUCCUAAAAAUUAUUAUUAAAUUAUAAAAGCCUAAAAUUAUUCAUUUUAUCAAUCAAAAUCCCAUUUGAAGUAAUACUAGACGUGUACUAAUCAAAUGUAUACGAAACAAGUGAUUUGAAACCCCCAUUCGGAAUGUGAACAGUAAAACGUAAACGUAAAGUAAAAGAAUAUGAGAAAACUGAACGGACAGUGAUUUUAGCACAUAAUGAUUUCUCUUACAAAAGGUUACAAAAUAAAUAAUUUUUCAUCUAAUCUGUUGAAUUUUACAGAUCAAAUGUGAUGAUACAGGGUUUCCCACGAUUUUUUGUUUGGUUCCCCUAAUUGUUUGGUUGUUUCCCAUAUUUUUUUGGUGUGUUCCCACGAAUUUUUCCCAAAAAUCUAUGAGAUACGAUGAAUAAAUCUUGAAACGAGCCCAAAACAUUAUGAGAAACGACCAAUAAAUCGUGGGAAAAUCUGUCAUGAAUAGAUGUCUAAAA